AUUUAAAAUGGAAAGAAGACGUAUAGCUUUAGAUAGUUCCUCCUCUUCAGAUGAUAGUUCGCCAAAUAUUCGCAGAACUUUUCUAGGUAGGAGACCACCUAGUUCUUUGUUAAGAAGGCUUACGACUUCGAGAUCAAGACCGAAUACUCGUCAGAAAAAGAUGAAUGAAGAAGAGAGACAGAAGUUGCUACAACAAAGGAGGCAGAAAAAAGAGGAGAAUAGGAAGAAGGAAGAGAAGGUUAGGAAGGAGAAGGAAGAGAGUAGGAGCAAGCAGAGACUGGAGUUGCUUGAUGAGGAGGCUAAGGAAGUUUGUAAGAAGUAUAAGGUUCAAUGGGAGAAUACUGAUAAGGAGACAGCAGGAGAGAAUCUAGAAUGAUGGAAAGCUAUUAAGAAUCCAAGUUUAAAUUGAUUUAUGAUUGCUUCAAUGCAAAGCUUAUUGAGUCUUCCAGAAUUUGUGAAAUACUUUUCUGAUGGUUCUGAUGGAGAUUUGGCUGAAGAAAGUAAAGAAAUUACUUUUAGCAAAGAAUUAAAUCCUAAUGCUAAAGUUUCUUGACUGAUGCAAGACUUGUUGAAGGAAUAUUAUGACAGUGAUACUGCAGUUUUGGAUGUGACUAAGGUCAGGUCUGAGUUUUCAGCUAAUUUCCCCGAAUCUGAAAUGCAUGACUCUUGACAAUUCAUUUUGGCAUUACUCAACAUUCUUGAAAAUGAGCUAAAUCCUUCAGAACAACAAUUUAUACCACUGGGUAUUAAGAAUAACCUUGAAGCUUGGAAAAAGUACCAAGAGGCUUGCCCUUCAAUUGUUGGAAAGCUGUUUGUUGGCAUGGAAGAGACUAUAUACCAAUGUAAGAAAUGUUCUCAUGAACGUAAGAUAUAUGAAGAGUUCAAAAAUAUGUCCAUAUAAAAUGAACUCCAAAAGCUUCAAUUAAAGGAUUCAUAGAGUUUCUUUCACAGCUAUCAUCUUCUGAAGAGAUCCAAAUGAAAUGUAAAAAGUGCAAGAAUAUACAAGACUUGGUUAUGAAAAAGAGGAUCAUUAGAUAUCCCAAAUACUUGAUGUUGGUGAUUGGGAGAAAAGAUCCAUUUACUCAGGAAGAAAUUAAAGGCUUUGUAGACUACCCCAACAGCUUUGUACAGUUCGACCCUCAAAGUGACAAAGAGAUCACAUACACUUUGAAUAAUGUUAUCAUCAAUGUUAAUGCCUUGCACUACUCCACCUACUGUAAGAGAGGUAGCAGAUGGGUUCGUUUAGAGAACAAAAAAGUGAAGGCGGUCCACCCAAGUGAUCUAAAGAGCGAAUAUGCUUAUAUUCUUUUCUACGAGGCAAAAGAUCUGAAAAUCUAAAAUAUCAAUAGUA